AUGAGUACAGAAGAGACGGAUCCUCUCUUAGAAGCAUUGAACCAAGACUCCGAAACUGUGGAAGCCGAAAACGGAAAUUCAGUCGGUGGUUCCAACGGUAAUGCUUCUAAUACCAGUAACGAACCUACUGCUGCUGAAGCUCCACGAUCUGUUGAUCCUGAAAAAGCUAAGGCUUUACAGAAGUAUAAAGAUAAGUUAAAUGAGCACCGCAAAUGGGAGGCUCGUGUCAAGGAAUUACGAAUGAGCAUGCGAGAUCUUGGUAAGGAUUAUGUUAAGACUGAAGAUGAUAUUAAAGCUUUACAAAGUGUGGGCCAAAUCGUUGGAGAAGUAUUGAAGGAAUUGGAUGAUGAAAGGUUUAUUGUUAAGGCUUCUAGUGGACCCAGAUACAUUGUUGGAUGUCGUAAUACUAUUAAGAAAGAGAAUUUAAAGAAUGGUGUCAGAGUGGCUUUAGAUAUGACCACGCUUACUAUUAUGCGUGUUUUGCCUAGAGAAGUGGAUCCUUUGGUCUACAAUAUGACAACCUUUGAACCUGGUGAAAUAUCGUUCAACGGAAUUGGUGGAUUAACGGAACAAAUCAGAGAAUUACGUGAAGUGAUAGAGUUACCUUUGAAGAACCCGGAAUUAUUUACUAGAGUUGGUAUCAAACCUCCUAAGGGUGUGCUAUUGUAUGGUCCUCCUGGUACAGGUAAAACCUUAUUGGCAAAGGCUGUUGCUGCUACAAUUGGAGCCAACUUUAUAUUUUCACCUGCUUCUGCAAUUGUGGACAAAUACAUUGGUGAAUCAGCUAGAUUAAUCAGAGAAAUGUUCAGUUAUGCAAAGGAAAAUGCCCCCUGCAUUAUAUUCAUGGAUGAAGUUGAUGCCAUUGGAGGUAGAAGAUUUAGUGAAGGUACCAGUGCCGAUCGUGAAAUUCAAAGAACACUUAUGGAAUUAUUGAAUCAAAUGGAUGGUUUCGACACCUUGGGCCAAACAAAGGUUAUCAUGGCCACUAAUAGACCUGAUACUUUAGAUCCUGCACUUUUGAGAGCUGGUAGAUUGGACAGAAAGAUUGAAAUAGGCUUACCCAAUGAAACAGGAAGAUUGGAAAUCUUUAAGAUCCAUACAGCCAAAGUGGCAAAGAAAGGUGAGUUUGAUUUUGAAGCAGCUGUUAAGAUGAGUGAUGGCUUCAAUGGUGCUGAUAUCAGAAAUUGUGUGACUGAAGCUGGUUUCUUUGCCAUCAGAGACGAACGUGACUACAUCCUUCAGAAUGAUUUGAUGAAGGCCAUCAGAAAGGUUGCCGAGGUUAAGAAGUUGGAGGGUAAGUUAGAGUAUGAAAAGUUGUAG